GCUUUCCAUUUCACACCGGCUUCCACCUGUUUUAAAACGUUCCCGCCAUUGUGAUAUUACUCGGCACCCAGUCAGCGAGGAAAGUAACCUGAGACAGCUCGAUACAUGGCUUGCCUUACACUCUAACAAUAACAAAUGGGCUAGCGCAAAGGUUCGGGAAUGCAUGUGUCGUCGUCGGCUCGGCUGGAGGUGGUGGCGCUGCCGCUGCCACCGCACCUUCGGAACAGGCUUCUCGCCACUGGUUUCGGCACGGUAGCGGACCUGGAGCGUGCAGGAGGCCCCAUGGGCCUCGCUCGUGAGACGGGUCUGUCACCAGAUGAGGCGCACGAGGUGCUGCAGCUGGCCGGUGCGGCGGGCGGGCCAGCCAGCUCCAAUUGGCGGGCGGGCACGGUGUCGGCUGCGGACUUGUUGGUGGCGGCGGCCGCCACGCCGCGCAUCAUCUCCAUGGCCCGCGAUCUCGAUGCGUUGCUAGGCGGCGGCGUGGCGGCGGGGCAGGUCACCGAGUUCUGUGGUGUGCCAGGCGUGGGCAAGACACAGCUGGGCAUGCAGUUGGCGGUCAACGUGCAAAUUCCGCGGAGCCUGUCCGGGCCGGAGGGCCAGGCCGUCUACAUUGACACGGAGGGCAGCUUCAUGGCGGAGCGCUGCGCCGACAUCGCUGAGGGCGCGGUGCGGCACGUGCAGUCCAUACUGGAGAAGAAGGCUUCGAUGGGGCAGCCGGAGCUGCUGCACGACGGCGAGCGGCCGUUCACACUGGAGAACGUGAUGCGGGGCAUCUACCUGUUCCGUGUGCAUGACCACGUGGAGCAGCUGGGCCUGGUCAACAUGCUGCCGCGCUUCCUGGAGCAGUACAGCCAGGUCCGGCUAAUCGUCAUCGACUCCGUCACGUUCCACUUCCGGCAGGACUUCCCGGACAUGGCGCAGCGCACGCGCGUGGUGACCGGCAUGGCGCAGCAGCUCAUCUCCCUGGCGCAGACCCACAAUGUGGCGGUGGUGCUCAUGAACCAGGUGACCACCAAGGUGCUCGAGGGCGGCGGCUCCAAGCUGGUUCCUGCACUGGGCGAGAGCUGGGGCCAUGCCGCCAGCACGCGCGUGAUGCUGACAUGGGGCCCCGACAAUGAGCGGCACGCGCAGAUGAUUAAGUCGCCGCACCUGCCGCUCGGCGACGCCGCGUUCGCCGUCACCGCUGAUGGCUUGCGCAGCCUGCCGCGGCGCAGGUGAUGACGUGGAUGCAAAGCUCUGACGAGCACGUUAUAUGAGAGGAUCGAAAGGCGUCGCUGUCCGAAGGCACAGUGGUGCUCAUUAGUCAUUACUGGGUACCAUGGAACGGCGGCGUUGGGACUCUGCCAUCAGCCGUUUGGUGCCCGGCUGAGUUGCCUGAACGUCUCAGGUGGUGAGUGGGUACACCGAUGUAGAUGCCGUAGCCGCUCAGGUCGGGAGCACUAUAACUGGGUCUAGUCAGACCAGGUCAGGAUGAGUUAUGAAGGUGUGUUGCUGCAUUACCAACUGCAUUCUUGCAUGGCCGCAUUGCAAGUAUCCUGGCCUCUGGGACGCUUACCAACCGGCAAGUGCUCCGGCGUUGGGGCGCCAUGGCUGCUGCUCUUGCCAUCUAAUCCCCGCUGCCCCAUCCGUGUUAACCAGGGGAGGUGUGAACAAGGGUGUGAACAGACUCUUCCAGGCAAACUUUGGUUGGGUGCUAAUUGCUGAAUCAGGGGGGGGGUUUAGAAAGCUCAGAUUCUUACCCCAUGCUCAAAAUUACAGAGCUUCAGGAGAGCAUUACGCACGUACUUUUAGUUUUUUUAGGGGGUGUCUGGUGAGGAAGUUCUGGGCUGCCAAAGUUGGGAGGUCGGUCCUCGUCCCUGGGGGUCCGCCGGGUUUCGGGAGCCCAUCCUGGCGGAUUUCGGGAGGCGCCCCACAAGCACAACUAGGGGCAAAAAGCAACACCACGAGGCUCAUAUGUGCACGUUAUGACGUAAUAAGCACAAACAAAGCGUGGGAGGGGUAAGUUGUGUGUCCGGGUGUGGACUUGUCGGGACAUGUCUCCACAUUCAACACAUGCGCAUUGACACAGCUGGGCUCUGAAGCGCUGGUGCGCUCGAGUUCACGUCUAACAAGGCUGCCGAUGCACAUUGUCCAUUCGUCACGCGGCAGAGAGUUGAGCGCGGGGUGGUCUGGGUCGAGGGGAUUUCCAUGGAUAGGAUCCCGCCUUGACCGAAGUCUCAGAACAGGACCGCUGAUGACACGGAGUGAUAGUGCUCGUCAAGAGGAGUCGAUUGACACCACUUUCUCAUAAAAUGGUAGGGUUUU